AUGCUUUCAAAGGCCCGGAGAUCUUUGCAGACUCUUUUCUGCCCUGCUACAGCUGCACCUGCCUCAUUCACCCCUCCUCCUGAAAACACCAUCAUCUUCGAGGUCGACAGUGCCGCUCGUAGAAGCACAAAAUCUCAGUCCGCAUACUCCUAUCUCACUUCCGUCGCUCGAUACUGUCCCCGUGGGGUCGGAGACGCCGUCGUAACGAAAAUUGAGUUCAGAAAGUCCCCGAAGCCGCCUAAUCACGAAUUUAUCCUCCUCUAUGUCAAGGACCGCAUCGUCCCUGGCUCUAAACCAAGAGAAGGUUCCUCCCUGUCCCUAGAUUCCACCAAGUUCGAUUAUUCUCCCGACGCCUCCCUCAGUACGGAGCACGAUUUCUUUAUAAUAACCUCCGACGUCAACACCAAACGCUCCGAUCACAUACUGUCUACUUUGACGUUUGACGACGACUCUACUUUCACAGCCGACGAGGCUGCGAUGAUCUGCAAGAUUGCCAGUGACUUUUCCCAGCACUUCAGUCACCAGUAUGCUCGGGUGAUCUAUAAUGUUAUCCAGAAAACGCAGAAAGGGCAUUUCACGAAGAAGUCAGCUGAGGAUGACAGAUGCAUGGUCAGCAAUGGAGCCUCGAUAUCCUAUUUCGAUAGAUUGGCAGAAAUCUACUGUGAGGAAUGGCCUAAAUGGAUGGCGGAUAUCGAGAAGAGGAAACGGGAGAUGGACGAGGAGGAGAAAAGAUGGAAAGAGAAUGAACAAGAGCUCGUAAAGGUAGAGAAUAGCACCAUGGAACUGAAACAAGAGCUCAAUAGGCUGAAGGAGGAGCUGGCAAUGUUGCAGAAAGUAAAGGACGCUUCUGAGAGUAGGGAUAUCGCCUCUAGAGAACCGGUUGAGACUACUGAUUCUUCUCCUUGA